AAAUUUAAGGACUUGUGACUUGCUUGACUAAAUAAAGAAAAUGACUUGACUUGACUUGGACUUGAGAUCCAGUGACUUGAGACUUGACUUGACUUGACCUUCAUGACUCGGCAGGACUUGACUUUAUAACAACUAAUUAUUAUUAUAAAUCAUCGCGAGUGCGACAUAAUUUGGUAAACAAAACGCAAGCCGCUGAACCAGCGGCAGAAGAGAUCCGAGUCUGCGCAGUUCAUGACACUGCACGAGCGCAGGAACACAGCGCGCCAAAUACAGGGAGCAAGAGAAUCUCGCGAUGUUUGGAUUAACACUCUUCCAAGCUAUAUGCAUUUGCAAGGCCAGGACGUCACCACUUCAUAAAGGAAAUGCUCCAGGAUAUUGAUGUGUCAUAAAGAAAUCCUCCUUAGGGUGGUUUUGACUAUAUAAGUGGCAGCUGAAAAACUGAUGGCUAACUUGAUCAAGAGAGAAAAAAUGGAAGCUCUGACUCUCCUUCUCUGUCUGCUUCUAACUGCUAAAACAUCUCAGGCAUCAUGUGGUGGCACUAUGACAGAUUGGAUGGGUGAAUUUUUCAGCCCUCAGUACCCUAGUAACUACCCUGAUAACUCACGGUGCACAUGGACCAUUCGUAGCACAGGGGCGACGACCGUGUUAUUGAGCUUCACUGAUGUUUUUUUGGAAGAAUGCUGUGAUUAUAUCAGAGUAUAUGAUGGUCCGACUACACUCUACCCCUUACUGGGAGAAAUACGGGACAACACAAACAAACAGUACAAUUCCAGCAACAAUGAUCUGACUGUGCUUUUCUACAGCGAUAGCAGUGUAUCAAGAAGAGGAUUUCAUGCAAACUGGUUCUUUGUAGAUUCCAAUUCAUGCAGGAAUAACUGCGGAUACUCCCUUGGCACUUGUUCAUGUGACGACUCCUGUCAGAACAACAGAAACUGUUGCUAUGACUACAAAAGCUACUGCUCACUGACAACAACUUGGCCAACUACAACAGAUUUCCCCUCCUGCAUUUAUAACUGUGGACAUGAAUUCGGCAGCUGCUCAUGCACCUAUGACUGUCAUUACUAUGACAGCUGUUGCCUUGAUUAUGACUAUUACUGCUCAACAACAACACAAACUCCAACAACAACAGCAGCAACAACAACACCAAUACCAACAACAACAACAACAACACCAAUACCAACAACAACACCAAUACCAACAACAACAACAACACCAAUACCAACGACAACACCAAUACCAACAACAACAACACCAAUACCAACACCAACAACAACAACAACACCAAUACCAACAACAACAACACCAAUACCAACAACAACAACAACAGCAGCAACAACAACACCACCAACAACAACAACAACAGCAGCAGCAACAACAACACCAACAACAACAACAACACCACCAACAACAACAACAACAGCAGCAACAACAACAACUAUAGAUACUCCUCAAUUCUCUCCCUCCUGCAUGUAUAACUGUGGACACGACUUUGGCAUCUGCUCAUGCAACUACGACUGUCACCACUAUGACAGCUGUUGCGAUGAUUACGACUACUACUGCUCAUCAACAACAACAACAACAACUACUCCUGAAUUCUCUCCCUCCUGCAUGUAUAACUGUGGACACGACUUCGGCAUCUGCUCAUGCACCUACGACUGUCACUACUAUGACAGCUGUUGCUUUGAUUACGGCAGCUACUGCUCACAGUUGACGAGAGAACCAACAACUACAUAUCUAAUAGUAGAUGAUUACUCCUGUAAGGAUAUCUGUGGUGAAUUACUUCCCAGCUGUGGAUGUGACAACGCCUGUCAGCAUUAUGGGGACUGUUGUCCUGACUACAACAACUACUGCUCAUCAACAACAACAACACCAACACCACCACCAACAACAACAACAACAAUAACAACAACAACAGAAACAACUACUCCUGAAUUCUCUCCCUCCUGCAUGUAUAACUGUGGGCAUAACUUCGGCAGCUGCUCAUGCACCUACGACUGUCACUACUAUGACAGCUGUUGCCUUGAUUAUGACUAUUACUGCUCAACAACAACAACACAAACUCCAACAACAACACCACCAACAACAACUACAUAUACUCCUUCAUUCUCUCCCUCCUGCAUAUAUAACUGUGGACACGACUUCGGCAUCUGCUCAUGCACCUACGACUGUCAUUAUUAUGGCAUCUGUUGCUUUGAUUACGACAGCUACUGCUCACAGUUGACGAGAGAACCAACAACUACAUAUCUAAUAGUAGAUGAUUACUCCUGUAAGGAUAUCUGUGGUGAAUUACUUCCCAGCUGUGGAUGUGACAACGCCUGUCAGCAUUAUGGGGACUGUUGUCCUGACUACAACAACUACUGCUCAUCAACAACAACACCAACACCAACAACAACACCAACAACAACAACAGAAACAACUACUCCUGAAUUCUCUCCCUCCUGCAUGUAUAACUGUGGGCAUAACUUCGGCACCUGCUCAUGCACCUACGACUGUCACUACUAUGACAGCUGUUGCCUUGAUUAUGACUAUUACUGCUCAUCAACAACAACACCAACAACAACAACAGAAACUCCAGUAACCUGGGACGAAACAACAGAAACAACAGCAGGUCCCUCCUGCAUGUAUAACUGUGGAUACCAUUUCGGCAGCUGCUCAUGCAACUAUGACUGUCAGUUCUAUGGCAACUGUUGCUAUGACUUUCACUGGUAUUGCCCAUCAUACCCAACAACAGAUCCAGUUCCUCAUCCUCAGUGUGGAGGACACCUGUAUGGUUCUGGGUUGUUUUCCAGUCCAACCUACCCCAACUAUUACCACGACAAUGCCUACUGUGUGUGGUAUCUCUCUGCUCAGCAAGGACAGAGGAUCUUCCUGACAUUUGCUGAUGUGCAACUGGAGCGCUGCUGUAACUGUGACUACAUCUCAGUAUACGACGGCUCUUCCACUGGUCAUCCACAGCUGGGAAAAGUCUGCUUCAGUGACACCACACACCAGGUGUUUCACUCUUCUUCACGAUACUUGACUGUUGUCUUCAGAAGCGACUACUCUGAUGUCAGCCAUGGUUUCAAGGCCCUUUUCACAAGCUCUCUCACCGCAGAUCAAGGACGAGUGGAUUGUUCCUCAGACAACAUGGUCAUUGUCAUUCAGAGGUCUUACCUGAACUCACUCGGGUUGAGUGCAAAUUACCUUUAUGUGGACGACCAUCUUUGCAGACCCACUAUUAGCAGUACUGAAGUUGUGUUUAGCUUCCCACUUGAUGCAUGUGGAACCAACAAAGAGAUGAUGAAUGGUUAUGUGUCCUACACAAACAAUGUGCGGGCCUCUCAGUCUCAGUCGGGUGAAAUCACUCAUCAGUCACAGUUCCUGCUACGCGUGGGCUGCCGAAUGGAGCCAGACACCAUGGUGCAGAUAUUCUACAAGGCCAGGGAGAUCAUCAAUGCCAACAUCACAGGAACGGGCCGCUUUAAUGCCAGCAUUGCCUUCUACACCUCCAGCAAUUUCAACCAACAAAUUUAUGACUCUCCAUAUGAAGUGAACCUGAAUCAGCUUCUGUAUGUUCAGGUCAAGCUAAACAGGCCUGACAACAGUCUGGAUCUCUUCCUGGAUACCUGUGUAGCGUCUCCAAAUCCCAAUGACUUCAAAGAUCGCUCCUAUGACCUGCUACGUAACGGAUGUCCCAGAGACAACACAUAUUAUUCCUACACCAGUGGUGAACACUACUAUGCUCAGUUCAGUUUCCGGGCUUUCAAGUUCCUCCGGACUCAUGCCUAUGUGUACCUGCAGUGUAAGGUGAUCAUCUGCCCUGAUGAUGAUUACAACUCUCGCUGCCGCCAAGGUUGCCGCUUCCGUCGCAAGAGAUCCCUUGACAGCUCCUACCACACCAAUACUGUGACGCUGGGGCCAAUCAAACUGAAAGGAUGGAGACAUGCUUUCAGACAGCGUGAGAAGACUGAGGCAGCAGAGUGAUCUGAUCAUCAUCAGCAUCGUUAUUUCUAAUAUAUGACCCUGGACCACAAAACCAGUCUUAAAUCGCUUGUAUGGGUCAAAAUUAUAGAUAUUUAUUUUAUGCCAAAAAUCAUUAGGACAUUAAGUAAAGAUCAUGUUCCAUGAAGAUAUUUUGUAAAUUUCCUACUGUAAAUAUAUCAAAAGUUAAAUUCUGAUUAGUAAUAUGCAUUGCUAAGAACUUCAUUUGGACAACUUUAAAGGUGAUUUUCUCAAUAUAUAUAUAUUUUUUUUUUUGCACCCUCAGAUUCCGGAUUUUCAAAUAGUUGUAUCUCGGCCAAAUAUUGUCCAAUCCUAACAAAUCUUGCAUCAAUGGAAAGCUCAUGUAUUCAGCUUUCAUGUAAUUCAUGUGAAAUCUCAGUUUUGAAAAAUUGACACUUAAGACUGGUUUUGUGGUCCAGGGUCACAUAUGUAUAUUUAAUCAGAUCAUAUUAUCCUUCUUAAACAAACUGAAAU